GGUGGUGGUUGCGGCAGCACAGCAGCUCGAUCGUGUCGUUUCCCGUGAACCCUUCCCUCAGCCUUUUCUCCUCCUUCUCCUCUUCGGGCCGAUUUGCGCGAGCCAGGGGUCGAAGAGAACGCGUGACGCCGUUGGCAGUGGUCUUCUGCGGCGGUUUUUGUUGUCACGUCCGGGUGAACGGUGUCGGGGAACGUGCGGAAGUAUGCGCGUGGUAUCGAUCACGCGGCCUGAUCCCACGGAUAUGUGAUACCGGAAACGGUCACGGCAGGCUUCGACCUGCGUGCAGGUGCUCGACGGUGCGUACGACGUACGCGUACAGAGGGGUGCCGAAGGAGAGAAAGAAGGGUGCGCGUGAAGUGCCGCGUGUCAGGGCCAAUCGUGAAGAUGCAGGCCACCGACGCCGUCGUCACGACGGCGUCCCUGCCGUCAUCCGCGUCGUCAUCGUUCGCCUACACCUCGAGGAAGCCCAACUACGUCGCGAGGCUCGUCUGCACGGUCCUCGUCUCCUGGUGGAUCGUUCAGGAUCAGCUGGCGCUGGGGCUCUCCGAUCCACCCGAACUAACCACCAUCGAAGACUUAAGUGGAAGAGGGACGAAGAAAUUCGGCGACCAUUGCGUGGAGGAUCUCGAAUGCGGUUUCGCGGGCUCGUACUGCGAGCCGAAGAAAAGCAAGUGCGCUUGCAAGGAGGAAUUCGAGGCUACGAAUCACAUCGACAAAUGUGGACAGCCGGCGAACGUGAACGAGUCGUGCUUUUUUAACGAGCAAUGCGAGGCGAAGGUGAGCCAAACGGAGUGCAGAGACGGACGUUGCAUUUGCAUCUUCGAGAAGAUCCCUGUAACACAGCCGGACGGCCUGACAGUAUGCGUCGCCGAGCAGAAGGAGGAACCCAAUCUCCAAUACGUCGACCCAACGAUGAUUGGUGUUCUUGUCGGUAUGGCUCUCAUGUUCAUCAUCAUCUGCGUCGUUCUUAGGCUUUUCAGCAAAGCUCGCUGGCGCGAGAAUCGCACCAUCUUUAAUACACCGAACGCUCGUCUGAUGAACGUGUCCUUGCUGAGGGAGAACAAACUUUUGCACCCGCAAGAGAGACGUGGAUCAAGGGCGAGCGUACGGGUUCCCUCGAGGCAACCCUCGAUGGCCUCCUUACGCGCCCACUCGCCAAACGCCUCGCAAGGUGCGAAACACUCUCAGCACUCACAGCACAGAGUGAGCCGGUCACGAACAGGAUCACGGCGCGGAAGUCGCGGGAGCAGCGGGAACGCGUCAGCGGUUUCGACGAAAUCAAACAAGUCGCCACCUAACCAGCCGAACACCAUGACGGAAACCGUGUUGGACAACGUCACCGUGGAAAUUCUCGAUGCCAAGGCGUAGAUCCGCGCGAGAGAGGCCUCCUCGGCUCCUUCGGCGCCAUCUUUAACGACCGUCGAAGGACGCUCGAGGACGUAGAUCGUCUGGAUCGUUCACGAGGCAAUUUAAAAAUUUGUCUCUUAACAACGUACAAAUUCCAAUCUCCGUAUCCCUUUCCUCUGUUCUUUCCACCGUGAAAUUCCUAGCAAUUUCGUCCCACGUCGAUUAUCAAUUUCUCGACAUUUGUCGCGGCGACGAGGACGUUGCCAAUCACCGUAUUCGAUAGGCGUUUCGUAUCGCGUCUGUUUUCGAAACGAUGUGCGCCGAGUUAUUUUUAUAUUCGGACACUUUACAAUUUUUAGUUUGUCGCUAUAAAACUUCUCCGUUCUGGGAUAAAGUGAUCAAGGUAUAUCAAAGCAUUAACGAGUCCAAUAUUCCCGUUAUCACGAUAUUUUAAUAACUUUAUAAAAUAAUAGUGCGACCGUCUGCUAUCCAAAAUCAAAGAUAGCAUUGGCAGAUGCUAGGCUUAGUUUCAGAAGAUGUUUUAGCAGCUAGUUUAUGGUAUCGUAAGAUUCCCUACUUGCGCUCAAGUAUACCACUUGUGAAUCUCUUUAUGAGGGAGAAAAAUUUGUUGAUAACAUCGUUAAAAUUGUAUGUGAAAUAGUCCCAGUAAACAAUUUCGUGUAACCAUGAUCGAUUAAACAUAUUUUUACAACUAUCAGGAAGUAAUGAUCGUUAAAUGAGUGUUAUUUGAAAAUGACAUUGGUACGUAUAUUAUGUUAAUACAAUAUGUACCUUAAUUACUUUAUUAAUUAUUGUAAAGGAAGUUAUGUAAGCAAGAAAGUGAAAACUGCGAGGUGUCCUGAUAUUAAAGUUACUCGCUGUACCUACGCCUAACGAAACGACAAGUUUCCUGGCAACGAUUUCAUUUUUGGAGAAUCGAAGGACGCGAUGUUACAACCGAGAUAAUCAUUAUUUACCGAGAUAAUCAUUAUUAAGUUUCGCGUUCGAGUAAAGCGGUGAAAAUUGGACAAGGUUCAAAUUAACACGUUGAUUGCUAGACCGAUACACGUGGAAACUUCUACAAAGCUAAAAUUUCAUUCUGAAACAAUUGAAAACUACAUGAUUUAUUACUUGUCACAGUAUUUAUUCUUCCAACUGCAUCGAAAUUCACGAAUUCUAUCUAAAUAUUUUUUUUUAAACUCACUUUCAGAAUUGACUUUCUAAAUUUCUUAACGAAAAGCUCUAUCAUCGCAUAUAUAGAUCAUGUGGCACUCAACGAGUUAAUUGAAACUUCUUCUUCUUUAAAAAAAAAAAAAAAAAAGAAGAAGAAGAAGAAGAAGAGAGCACUCGAAGACGCGAAUAAAAAAUGUUAGUGUCGUCUUUACGUUUAAUUCGAGAAACGAAGACACGCUCGAGCGUGUGAUUUCGAUAAAUUGCUACCGCGAGCUACACGAUGAAACGUAACGACAUUAAUCGCGACAAAUCUAGAUGAAUAUAUUCGCGCGAAAAUCGGAGUAAUUUUGCACAAAAAAAAAAAAAAAAAACGAAACAAAGAGAAACGCGUUCAAUUGCGUCGACGAGCUGUAGAACUUAAUCGAGAAUCUCAAAUGUAAUCCUGCAGUUAAUUCUCGUAGAUCGUUUCAGAUUCCGUUGCAUCCAAACAGAAACGAAUAGAAAAGAAGAAAAAGAAAAAAAAUAGACAGAGAAAGAAAAACGUAACCUUUUUUUACGACAAAAAAAAAAAAGUAUAUUAUACACGCUUAGUCUUACGAAUCAUCGAUCACUGCGAAGCACAACCUCCGCGUCUUUGAACUUGUUCGUUUGACAUCGACUCAAAGACACGAACUUCGUCCCUCCAUCGUUGUUUCGCAUCGUUUGCAAUCUCGUUUCGGACGAAACGGGUAGCGCGCGUUUCGAACUAAUUGUCACUUCGUAAACAUUCAUCGCUUCGAUGUGGUAAACGAUGUGGUAAAACGAUCCAUGGGGUAACUCGCUCAUUUAACCCUUAACGGUCCAAGUACGGUAUACGAAACAAUAAUUACAAUUAGAACGAAGAAUCAGGAUGUGUGAAUGUUUUUGUUUUACUCGCGAUUGAUGUAGAGUGAUUUAUAAACUAGGAAUCGUUACGAAUUUCGUACACUCUCUGCUCGUAAGUUCUCGCUAUCAAUAACGAACGAGGGCAUUUUAUGAUUAAACCAAUCAACGUAAUUUCCAUUUGUGAGAAAUGUCGGCGUUGGCAGUCUACCAACGCGUUAAAAACUUGAACCGUCGAGGGUUAACCUUUUCACUGCUGAAUCAGCAAAAGGGUGCCUGUGCGUCGAAUUUAUUUCAUCGUCUACUUUUUAAUCAUUGCGAACACGUACGAAAAUCGAAGAAGUAGAAAAUCAUACGAAACUGUCCACGAGUAAGUAUUCUCGAAUUAAAUACUCGAUAUCGAGAAGAUUAGGCGCACAAUCGUUUUUUAAGAAGAUUUGAAAUCUCGUCGGAGAAAUCUUACCACUGAAAGAACACGUUUCGGAUCUUCUUGAGAAAUGACCACACGGUAACCAAAAUAAGCCAAUUGCUAUCUGGUGAUAAUUCUAUACUCGUGGUGGCUAAUUCUAUACUUACUCCUAAUUCGUAUUUUGUAAUCGAUAGUGAGAAACAAUACUCCGAGUCCAGAAUCGCUAGGACGAAACGGCGGUGAUCCUCCAUCGAUCUAUGGUAUCGAUCAGAGCAUCCAGGAAGAUAAUCUUCAUCGCGUUCUGUCUUUUACCUCUGACGUCGCGUCGAAUCUCACGAUUUCUGAACGACAGCUUCUUUCAAAGGGUGGAUCGAAAUGGACGGUUGGAUAGAGCUAAAAGAUGGCAAUCGUGUAUUAGGCGAAGGGUUAUCGUAGAAGAUUUUUAAAGAAAUCAGUCAGCUGGUCUGAUAUCGUGGCGCGAAUCGUUAAGACGCGAGGAAAGGGCAAUACGAUAUAAUCAUCGCGAGGGAACCGCCCGAAGAGGCCCAGUGCUCGCGGAUCCUCUUCUAAAAAGGUCGAUUCAAAGGAUCGACGAGAAAGAACCAACCGUUCUCGCCGUCGAAAAACUGCUUUCACGAGAAGCCAACACGAAAGGGACCAGACGAAAGUGUUUGAAACCGACAUCCUGGGAGUAACACGGCGACCGAUCGCCGUCGCGUCGUAAUCACUGAUUACUAAUUGAUUACUAAUCAGAGAUGGGCGGAACUAGUCCAACAUCCGCAGAGAUCCUUAGUUUCCUUCGUUCAAAAUUGUCGUUCGAACUACGUGAAAUGAAACAUUUCGCAUCGGACGAACGUUGCGAACACACGGUGGUUUUUAUUCGAGCAAACUUUUGCCCAUCUCUGCUGGUACUUAAGCACCGUCGUAGCUCUAUCUGUUUCACGAUAACACAACCAAUCCCGCAUGAUAUUAGGCAACGAGAUAGUUGUACUGUACGCUCGACUCGUUUCUCAUUCCUAGGAUUCGUUUCCGUAUACAUUCGGUCUACAUCAGAGGACCCGAAGAGAUCGCUCCUAUGUGAAACUCGGUCUCGAACUUUGAAAAUGAUUGUUUCAGUGUUAGACGGUAACUGAGACUUCCGAGUGUAACCGUGUUCGAGUGAGAUACUUGGACGAUUCGUAUUGCAGAUAACUCGAGCAACGGGGAAGCCUUAGUCGGUAUCAACCAUGAAGAUCCAAACCGUAAAAGCCUCGAGUAUCGUAUCGGUCAAAAGUUCGCAAAGGAGACUCUCCCGGGGACAAUUUUUGUAGCUUUCGAGCAGCAAUCGCUACAGGGGAAUUACUUUCUUCGAGGAUCGCUCGAUACCUGUUAUUAUUCUGUACCGUUCGACGAAAAAUUCAUGCUCGCCGAGUAGACGUAGUGUUGGGAAAAGCGAAAUCUGCUUGAGGUUAGGCAGGGGUCUAUUGGAUGUCGACGUGUGAAUUAUUCCCGAUGAAGGAGAAUGGAGUCGCCUCGGGAGAUUUCAACGUGGAUGGGGAGCGCGACCAAACGCGGAUUCGAACACGUACUGGCUACCUAAUUAAUCGCACAAGAUCUC